AUUGACAUCAUAUGUUAAAUGUGUGUGUUGCUUGGCGGCUUUUUGGCAGCGUGAAUUUUCAUUUUUGCAUUAAAAUUUUGAUUUAUGUUGCGUGACAUUAGCGACAACACGCACAAAAAUGGAGUGUGCAAUGGCGCAUGAUUUAGAAAAUAGUGAACAACGCACAAGCGAUGUGGCCACAGGCUCAAUUUCUUUUGAACAACUUAAUUUAAGUCGAAGCCUUUCAAAAUGCCUGCAGGCUCACAAAUUUUUGACGCCCACAAAGAUUCAAGCAGCCGCAAUUCCCAUGGCAAUUGCUGGAAUGGAUCUGUUGGUGCAGUCAAAAAGUGGAACUGGAAAAACUUUGAUUUAUGUGCUGGCCGCACUGCAAAAGAUGGAUAAGUCGGUGCCCAGUCCACAGGCUUUGAUAAUUGUGCCAACCCGUGAGCUGGCCAUACAGGUGGAGGACACUGUUAACGGCUUGACGAACAAUAUGCGUAACAAAAGUGCUUAUCUGGGUGUUAGUUUUAUUGGCGGCACUGAUGUGAAGCGCGAUCGUAUGCGUAUGGCUCGAGGACGCAUUGUAGUGGGCACACCGGGACGCCUGCUUCAUCUCAUACAGAACAACGUAUUUAACACGUCGGCAAUCAAGCUGCUCGUAUUGGAUGAAGCAGAUCAAUUGUAUUGUACUGAUUCUUUGCAAAAGGAUGUGCAAACGCUUGUUGCAUCGCUGCAGCCCGGUAGUCAAAUAAUUGCAUGUAGCGCUACCUAUCCGAAUGAUCUAGACGAGCGUCUAGCCAAAUUAAUGAACAAACCAGUGCUAGUCUCUAACAGUGAGCGAGCCACCGUACUGCUAGGCGUUCGCCAAUUUGUCUAUGAAUUACCAGCUCAAGCGAACAGUAUGCAAGAGAUAAUGGCUAAGCUGGAAGCGUUGCAGAAGAUAUUUGCCAAAGUCUCCUAUGAGCAAGCUAUACUUUUCGCUAGCUCGCAGAGUCGAGCUGAUUCCUUUCGAAAUUAUUUGCAACGGAAUGGUAUUGAAUGUGAUCUUAUGUCUGGAGCUAUGAAGCAGAGCGAACGCUUAGUGACAUUCCAGGCCUAUCGCCACUUCAAAAUGCGCACAAUAGUAGCCACUGAUUUGAUGGCACGAGGUGUUGAUUCAUCUCAUGCGAAUUUAGUUAUUAAUUUGGAUCCACCCAACGAUUUGGUUACCUAUUUACAUCGCAUUGGACGUGCUGGGCGAUUUGGCUCCAAGGGCAUUGCCAUUACAUUUAUUUCCUCGCCACAACAGUGUCAAUCGUUUAAGCGUAUUAUUGCUGAAGCUGGCACUGGUAUGUCGGUGCUGCAAUUUCCAACAGAUAGUCGUGCAGGCUUCAAUUUUUGGGAUUACGCUUCAUAUGAUUUUCCCUAUUAUCUAAAAACCGAGGCGUGUGAGCAAGAGGAAAAUGAGCUAAAGCGAAUUAAACAGCGCUGGAAGACACCUGGCGAUGAAGGGAACGUACUUAAUGCAAUCGAAAUUUCUGAUAGGCAUUUUGAAAAUGAUGAAAAUACUGCUCAAAAUCACACGGUCUCUGUGGAUUCGCAGAAAUACUUAAUUAAAACCAAUGAUGUGAUUAACAAUAUGGAUAAAGAACCAAUUGAGGCUAAACAAAAGUCAACUGAUGAUCUGCUCAGUGUCAAGUCUCAGAUUAAAAGUCUCCUGAAUGAGCAUGAGAAAAAGCUCAAUGUAUUUACUGUUGAAGAAACACAAGGACAUUCAAUUAUUGAAGAAAAUAAGGAAAACAUCAUAGACAACCAAGUAAAAUACCAAGCAUUGGACGAUGCCAACAUAGCUCACAAAGCAACUGGAGAAGUUUGUGGGAAACUUGCAGGACCUCAAGAAUUAACAAUUGAACUUGUAGAACUAACACCUUCGACAGAAAUGCCUGGUGCAGCACCAAAUUCAAUUAAUACAAAAACCUAUUGCCUCGUUGCACCUACUGAGAGUACUUCGACUACUUUGCACCCACAGGGCGUAUCGAACACAGUCGAUGAUGCCAGUAGCAUUAUUUCCGAUAGUAUGGAGAAUGAUUAUGACAGCGAUGCUUCCUACACUAGUUGCUAUUCUGAUGGCGACUUGCGGAUCAUCUGGCAACGCGCAUUGUCCCAGCAAAAACUGCAAAAGCGACGACAGCGCAAUGCCCGACGCCACAUCUACUUAUAUCAUAAACGGCGCAAUAUGCGAAACGUGAAAGAGUGCACCUAUGAAUGUGACAUAGAGGAUGAAGGACAACCAGAGGAAUGGCUGGAUGAACCGAAUGAAAAAGAACUGCACCAGUUACAGGCGGCGCAUAGUCAACGACCUCGAAAAUUUCAAAUAGACAGACAGUUGACUUUAAUCUCAAAGGAGCGAAAACUUUUAGUUUUCCUGGAAAAGCUUGAUAAUUUUCAACAACUUAAAAAAGGCUUUUACACUCUUCUCAAUAGAAGGAAAUUUGAUGCACAAUGGUCUGCCAAAUGGACAGACCUAAUAUACGAUUCUAUAUGCCACUUGUACUAUGUGGAUCAUAGCAAGUCAAAGCAGUUAAAGAAAUGCAGCUUGCCGAAUAUUCCCAAUUUGGACAACUAUAAUAGGCUAAUAGAUAUCAUUAAAGGACGUUCUUGCUCACAACAGCCAUUAAGCAAGCUGAGCGUGCAUGUUAAUCAACAACUAAAUAUACCACCUGACAAUGGAGGAGGAGCCAAUAAUAAUGCUGGCGAUGCUUACUCUGUGAAUUCAGAUUCAGGGUCAUCCUAUGUGCGGCGAGAGGUAUUGGUACCCGAUAUCAAUGAGAACAGCGAGAAUGACAGUGAGGACGCUGAUAGCCUGGAGCCGUAUUCAUCGAGCGGAUUUGUGGAAUCAGCUGAGAGCGCAUCCUCGGGCAUUGAUACUUCGCAGUAUGAAACAAAUUCCUCUAUUACCUUGGAUUCGAAUGCGUACGAGGGAGAGGAAGAGGCUACUAAUGAUGAUGAUGAUGAGGCCGAUGACGACUCUGACGAAUUGAGCAACGCUAGUCGGACGGACACUGCGUCAUUGAGUACUCUUACAGCGGACAGCGAAGAUAAUGGCGAUGAAAUAUGUACUGAAACCGAAAGUGAGCAAGAGAAUACGGGAAGCGCUGCGAAUAUAAGCAAUGAGCUUGCCGUAGCUCAAGCUCGCUGGCAGUAUUUAUUUCAGAUGCAGUAUCAAUUUAUUGCUAGCUAUGUUAGCAAUUAUAUGGCGACAUAUCGCAGCCAGAAUUAAGUACUUUUUUUCAUAUUCAAGCGCUAUGAAAGCGCGAUUCCUAGUCUCGAAAGUCUGACAACUACAGAAACUCAGGCAUUAUAUUUUCUUUUUGAAAUGAAAUGGAAUACUUUCCAAAAAAAUGCUGAAUCAGCUAUUUGUAAAUUAGUUACUAAAGUGAGCAUUUCUUGCUAUAAUAUGAAAUGUCGGUACAAACGGAGUAAAUCAUAUUCUAAAGAAUUACAUGAAUAUAUCUUUCGUUAUAACAAACUUGUAAAACCACCAAUAAUUAAAUUGCAAAUGAAUUGCAAAA